CCACACUCAUCACUGCUACCUGGCUGAGCCUUUCAGCCGCCUAGAUUUCUUUUCUUCCCGUGGCCUCAGAAGCCGGCUCACCCGCCUGCCACAUCGAACCCUGACUCUCGGGGGCCUCAUGGCAGCCACCUGUGAGAUCAGCAACGUUUUCAGUAACUACUUCAACGCCAUGUACAGUUCUGAAGACCCCACCCUGGCUCCCGCUCCUCCGUCGACUACCUUUGGCGCCGAGGACUUGAUGUUGACACUGAGCAACCCCCAGAUGUCGCUGGGAGGUCCAGAGAAGGCGAGUUGGUCAGGGGAGCAGCCCCAGUUCUGGUCGAAGAGCCAGGUUUUGGACUGGAUCAGCUACCAAGUGGAGAAGAACAAGUACGACGCCAGUUCCAUCGACUUCUCGCGAUGCGAUAUGGACGGGGCCACCCUCUGCAGCUGUGCCCUUGAGGAGCUAAGACUGGUCUUUGGGCCUCUGGGAGACCAACUCUACGCCCAGCUUCGGGACCUCACCUCCUCCAGCUCGUCAGAUGAACUCAGCUGGAUCAUCGAGCUGCUGGAGAAAGACGGCAUGGCCUUCCAAGAAGGUCUAGGAGACUCGGGCCCCUUUGAUCAGGGCAGCCCUUUCGCCCAGGAGCUGCUGGACGAUGGCCGUCAGGCCAGCCCCUACUAUGGCAGUAGCUAUGGCCCUGGAACGCCCUCCCCUGGUAGCUCUGAUGUCUCUACUGCAGGAACCGCUACUCCCCAGAGCUCCCACUCCUCUGACUCCGGUGGAAGUGACUUGGACCUGGAUCUCACUGAUAGCAAGGUCUUCCCUAGAGGUGACUUUCCUGACUAUAAGAAGGGGGAACCCAAGCAUGGGAAGAGGAAACGGGGGCGCCCCAGAAAGCUGAGCAAAGAGUACUGGGACUGCCUAGAGGGCAAGAAGAGCAAGCAUGCCCCCAGAGGAACUCAUUUGUGGGAGUUCAUUCGAGACAUCCUCAUCCACCCUGAGCUCAACGAAGGCCUCAUGAAAUGGGAGAACCGGCAUGAGGGUGUGUUCAAGUUCCUUCGCUCGGAGGCCGUGGCCCAACUCUGGGGCCAAAAGAAGAAGAACAGCAACAUGACCUAUGAGAAGCUGAGCCGGGCCAUGAGGUACUACUACAAACGGGAGAUCCUAGAACGGGUGGAUGGCCGGCGACUCGUCUACAAGUUCGGCAAGAACUCUAGUGGCUGGAAGGAGGAAGAGGUCAUAGAGAGUCGGAAUUAACGGUCAGGACCUGGCUCAGACACAAACUCGAACUGAAGCCUUUCUGGAAGGACAGGCAGGCCGGAAGGCCCCCUCAAUGUGGAUGUGUUCCCUGUGUUGCUGUGGAGAGGAGGAACCCGGCGGGUGUGUUGUAUCCUGAAGCGCCUGUGGCCUCUCCUCGCCCACCUUUUGGAAUUACAAGCCUCAGGGUUUGAAGUGACCUAAUCGCUGACAGCCAUGACUCCAGCUCCUUCCAGUCUCAGCACUGACUGCAGAAGAGACCCACCUGCAGAUGCCUGGGCUUGACUUAGGAGGCUGGGGAGACCGUGGGGGGAGAGUGCAGGGGCAGAAGGGACAGGGUUGUGUUCUCCAGCCUUCCUUCCUGGAUUGACUUCCUCCUCUCGGCCCAGUACUCAGGCUCCACAGGCGGGGGUCCGAGCAUCCCUAAUUUAUGUGCUAUAAAUAUUCUGAGUGUACAUAGAGAGCUAUUUUUUCUAAAGCAUUCCCCUCCCUGCUCUUCUCCCACUGAGCUGGGAGAUUGAUUGUUCUAGGUCUCCUAACUAGACAAGCAUGAAGUGGGGGUGAUGCCAGACCCCUCAAGAUGGGGUUCCUGGAUCCCUUUUCCUGUGAAUGGAGGCUUAGACCUCCAAUAAAGUGCCUUCUAGGCUUUUUCUAA